GGAACAAAUGAAUGUGGAAAAAUAUUCUGAGGCCCUUGAAGCUUUUCAGGAGGCUAAAGGCUACCCAAGUCCCAGAAGGCUCUUGGCACAGAUCCACACCCUUACAGGCCAGAGUUUUGCAAAGCUGGGCCAGCCACAUUGUGCACUCCACUGUUACAGGAAAGCUGUUGAGGUGGACUUUACGUGCCAUAGUGCACUCUAUCAAAGUGUGCUAAUAUUCAGACAGCUUGCCAAUCCAAAGGCUGAAAUGGAGGCCUUGUGUCUUCUUUACUCAGCAGUACAGUUGCAGUCUGACAAAAGUUCAUCUAGUGCUUCACUAGUCUCCCCAGCUAUGCUGCUUGCUGGUGAUCAGAUGACCUGCAUUAGCAGAGUCCCCUCCCUCUCUCUGAUUCUCCAUUCUUUGGCUCACACAUGUGUGCUCAAUAGCAGAAUUUCAGAUGGUGUUGAGCACUAUCUUGAUCUCCUGGCAUCACUGCAGUCAGAGGGAAAAGAGCUUAUAUCAACAGGGGAUGGCUCUUCUUUUCCUAGAAUCCCAGUGGUCUACCUUGAAGCAGCAUUUGCUUUGUUUAAAGCUCAAAAGUAUCAUGAUGCUCUUGUGAUCUGUGAAGAGGUCAUUACCAGCACUCUGGACUUCAUCCCUGAGAGACUGUUACUUGAUCCGCCCAUGGCAGGACUGCAUUUAGCUGGAUCCACAACAGUGAGUCCAGAUUCUGAUGUUGUUCUUGAAAAUGUGGACUUUGUGUUAUGGGCUGGUGCGGCCCAUCUACUUCAAGCACAAGCCCACUGGAAACUGAAGGACAACAAAGAGGCAAUCGCAAAUUUUACAAGAUCUAUUAACCAACUGGUGAAAGUGUUUAUUAAACAGAAAGAUUGGAAACAAAAAACUCAAGGGUACACUGAAGCAAUGGUUGAAAAAAUGUUGACUUUGGACGCAGCGAAAGGUCAAGCACUAGCUGGCAGAGGGCUCUGUUUUUUGGAAAAAGGUCAAUUAAAAGAGGCCCUUAGAGAUCUUCAUCUCAGCCUCCAGAUCUACCCAGGUUGUAAGAAUACUGAGAUGUGGCUAACUGAGGUCUUUUGGAAGCUUGAUCGUAAGGACGAAGCGUCAGUACACUGGAGAGAGGCCCAUAAUGCCACAAAAACACCUACGUCGAUAAAACUACCACUGUAUUUGCAAGCAUGGCAAGACGAUGCAGUUUUUGACUUCAGUGACCUUAAGAAGAAAAUGGAGGACUUCAUUCAAACCAGAAAUGUAAAAAUAUUCCAAAAACCCUAGAGGAUACUCCCUACUGUCCUGAAUUACACUGUCACUUUUUGGAGUGUUCAAAGAAGCAGCACAUGACCAAAGGACAGUGGACUGUUGAAAUAUAUACUGUCAUCUCCAUUUCAUUCAAAUGUACCAUAUAAGUUGCUUUUGGUAAUAGAUCUGCUACUGUAGCUUGAGUUUCAUCUAUAAGGAAAUGGCAUUAAAAAGCUGUAGUGAUCAACUACCACAAAGAUGAUGUACGGUCAACAGUCUACCACAGCCAGUGACAUUCCAUUCUUGGCAUGAGUGAUUGGCGACUAUCAACUUUUCAGAUCUAAUGACUUAUGUGCUAAAGAGAAGAAUGCAUGCAGACUGGUAUUUGGGACAUGCUGUGUUCUUGAGAAAUAAAUAAAAAUUAUUUAUUAAGGAAUAUUUGCAUAUAAAGCAACUUAAGUCUUUUAUCCUUAAAAUUGUAACACA